CCACAAUCAAACAAAGACACUUGGACAAUUACUUCGUACUAAGUACAAGACUUCACUGGUAUUUACUUGUGAUAUUUUGUAGACUUUGUUACGUUAAACUACACUGAAGUACUUGUGUCUACUGGUUUUGAUUUGUGAGAUGCUGCUGACUUUGUUACGGUAAACUACACUGAAGUACUUGUGUCUACUGGUUUUGAUUUGUGAGAUGUUACUCACUUUGUUACGGUACACUACACUGAAGUACUAGUAUCUACUGGUUUUGAUUUGUGAGAUGUUGCUGACUUUGUUACGGUACACUACAGUCACAGUUAUGAUAACUGGAUUAGGUGUGAUGAUUAGGUAUAUGGCAGAUGGCAAAUUACGGAUGCUUUCAUGCUUGGAUAAACUGAGAAACCGCUGGAAAGAACGCUUAAGAUAUAGCAUACUUUUUAUGAGGUUUCAGAUUAUUCCCGUUACUGGUGCCAUUGUUUUAUUCUUCGCUGAGGAUCCGGACAAUAUGUUCCGUUACAGCUGGCUGGCCGGACCUGUCCUGUAUGUCACCGGUUACGCCUUGACGAAACUGAAAGAGUCAUCUUUCCUCCUUGAAGACGAAGUAAUAUCCAAAAAAGGUGACAAAUGGGUACGGGAUGUGAUGGAUCUCUGGAACUCACGCCAAAUGAUGAAAAGAGCAAUAGAUGUCUUCACUAUCGUACUUUAUUGUGUUCUAGCCGUUUCAAGGUGUGGGAAACAACAACUCCCAUGGAUAGAGUUUCUGUCAGCGUUAACAAGUUGGUAAAUGAUAUAGUGUAAAUGGACAGCGCAUUCGCCUCUCAUGGUCAUGAUACAGUAAAAGUUAAGGAUCUAGUUAUUUGUCGAGUCUACAGGAAGACUGUGUUACCAUGUAUAUUUUGAUAUGUAAUUACUUUAUGUGUCAAACAAUCAUCGUAUUUUUUCUUGUAGUUAGAGCAUAAUCAUAAAAACAUUUCGCUUAAUUGUCAUAAAGUCAUUAUUUUUCUUACGAUAAAAUCAGAAGCCUGAUAAUUUAAGCAAUGUUCAAUGCGUAUUUUCUACUUAAUUCAAAUGUAUUUCGUCAAACUAGCUCGUUAUUUGUAAUAUAUAGAAACGACAUUGUUUUCAUUUACACUUAACCAUAUUUACUUAAUGCAUCCAUAAUCUAUUUAAUGCUUAUUCUAUAUGGAAUAAUGCCAAUUGUGACGUCAGGUAUAAGUGAAUGAAUAUGGUCAAUGAUGUACGGAUAGGAAAAGGCACUAAAAAAGGGAUCAAAGAGCACAGUACAUCAAGUAAGCAGGCCUAAAAGUCACUAUAAAACUUAAUGAGCAUCAGUAGGCGACAUUGUAAUGAUACAUCUUUUCUAAAACUGAAUCCAAAUAAAAUCAUUUUAACUUUUUGGUAUAGAAGUCCAUGUAGAUCUACAUAUAUUAACAAGGUCUAUCUUUAAUAAAACGUUUAUGAAAAUGAUGAUGCAAUUUCAAAAGAUAUGAAUAAAACAAUGUAUAUU